CACUUUUCUUCAGCGCUUACUUUUGAGCUUCUCUAAUCUAAAAAGGUCACAAAUUCUUUGCACUAAAUCAUGUCUUUCUUGCGCCCAACUCUGAUGCUUUUGGCUGUCGCGGCUGUUUUGGUCAUACAAAGCGGAUCGACUGCCGGAAGAACCACUACGAAACGCCCGAAUUCCAAAGGCAAGGAGACAUUCGCGCAGCUGCUGGAAAAAGCCAAGCACGACUGCAAGGGUGAGGUCGCCGAGAAAUCGCUGGAUGAACUACUCCGACACGCUAAGCAGUCAUUCAACGCUAAAGAACUGGCGAAAAAGGUCAGACAUUCCGAUAGAGCCGUCACAACUGCGUUGGAAUGCCUGGUCAAAGACGGUCUUGCCAAGGAGAAGCAUGAGUACGGACGGGAUGUCGCAUUCCAAGCAGCCAACGACAAUGUGCAAGUCCCUCGUAACGCGCAUGCGGCAUAA